ACACAACUCGCGUGGGAAUAAAAUCCUGACUCCUAUUUCAUAUGAUAAAAUUUUGUAAAUCGAGCGGGCGUCAAGUCCUUCUCCCUCUCCUCAUCUGACAUAACAGAUUUUCCUCUGCGCCAAACAGGCUAUCAAUUUCUCUGCCGGGAAGCUGGGGAAAAGGGUAGGAGGUGAGGAUACAUUUCAGUCUGUCGAAGCCUGAAAGUAAAGAUUCGCUGGAGGAUCAACAUAUUGGUUUGCUUCCAAUACGAUUCCAACGUUCCAAUCCUGUCAAAGCUAUCUUCUUGUUCUAGUCCUUUUGGCCACUGCGACAGCGCCCUCAAUCCAUCUCCUAGUAGUUAGCAUCACUUUCCAAGGAUACAUGCUUUCCGCUAAAGAAAUCAAAUUUAAGAGCUGGAGCCUAUUUAGAAAAGAAAGGUGGUAGAUAGCCAUCUGGAGUAUCCUCUUAGCCUCUAUCAAAAGCCGAUUCAGCUUGUUCAGCGGUGAGUUGGCUCGCCAUGUUUCAUCAUAUCAAAUGCUUACACAUUGGGAAUUGAAGUGAAUUAUGAAGUGCCGAUCUGUAGCAUGCAUAUGGUCUGGCACUCCCCCACCUCACAGAGUUACCGCCGUCGCCAGUUUCAGUCAACCACCAUCCUUCUAUACUGGUGGAUCCGAUGGCUCCAUCAUCUGGUGGGCCAUACCCAACAGCUAUUCCAGCCCGGAAGUUAAAGCAGUGGGUAUAUUGUGUGGUCACGCUGCACCGAUCACUGAUCUUGGAACUUGCAGUCCUACAAUAGCAGAAAAAGAUACAGGCAGUUCAAGUAAUUUAGUAGUCGAAUCUACUUCAAGUAAUUUUAGUGCAUUAAUAAGUGCAUGUACUGAUGGCUUCUUGUGUGUAUGGAGUAGAAGCAGUGGUCAUUGCCGGUGCAGGAGGAAAUUGCCUCCUUGGGUGGGCAGUCCAUGCAUGAUCCGAACACUGCCUUCAAGAGCAAGAUAUGUUUGUAUUGGUUGUUCUUUCAUGGACACUGUUCAUUUGUCAGACCACUAUUCUGUAAAUGCUGUGGAAGGAAAUGACGGUUUGAUUGAUAGAGAAACUCAGCCUAGGAAGCCUCCAAAAUGUACUAUUGUUAUUGUUGAUACAUAUUCACUUGCCAUUACACAAACCGUCUUUCAUGGAAAUCUAUCUAUUGGCCCCAUGAAGUUUAUGGCUGUAGUCUCAGAUGAUAAUGAUAAAGAGAGGCAUUCUAUAUUCGUUGCUGAUUCAGUUGGGAAGCAACAAAUAGUUUCUGUUUCAAAAGAUCCUCAUGAUCAGGGGGAAAACUUUAGUUUGAAUAAAGAUCAAUCUCAGUUGGAAAGUUCUGUUUGGGCUGAGGGAUUGAGUGGUGGGCAACAAAUUAUUUCAAUUGCAACCCAUGGGAAUGUUGCUGCUUUAAUGUUUAAAGACCACUGCAUAUUCAGGUUACUGUCUAGUGAUACAAAGUUGGGAGAAAUUUCCUUUCUGGACAAUCUUUCAUGUUCUGAUGAGCAUUCUACUCAAGCGCAUGUCAUGGGGGCUAUGUUUCUUGAAACUUUUGGGGCAAGGACUAUGCUGAAUGGCCAUGAAAAGGGUUGUAUGAAAUGUAGAAUGCUCAGAGAUGGUGGACAGAAUCAACUUCCAGUUUGGAAUGCUCAAGUAAUUACAAUACUAACGAGGGACGGAUUCUUCUUCAUGAUCAUAUCAGAGAGCCUCGUUGCUCCUUAUGCUGUUGUAUAUGGUUUCUUAAGUGGAUUAAUAGAGGUUGUAAGAUUUGAUCUGUUUCAGACGAUGAGUUUAGGGUGUGUAAGUUCCAAAACUGAGGAAAAGUCAGUUGCAUGCGAACAGUACUUCUCUGGGCACACAGGUGCGGUAGUCUGUUUGGCAGCUCAUCAAAUGAUGGGUAGCUCCAAAGCCCAUAGUUUUAGUCACAUUUUGGUGUCUGGAAGUGUGGAUUGCACAGUUCGUAUAUGGGAUCUCGACACUGGCUGUCUUAUUAUGGUUAUGCAUCAUCAUGUAGCACCAGUGCGCCAAAUUAUUCUUCCCCCUUCUUUGACUGAUCGUCCUUGGAGCAAUUGCUUCCUUUCAAUUGGAGAUGACUCAUGUGUUGCUCUCGUUUCUCUUGAAACUUUGCAGGUGGAAAGAAUGUUUCCUGGUCACAUGAACUAUCCUUCAAAAGUUGUGUGGGAUGGAGCUAGAGGUUACAUUGCUUGUCUCUGCCAAACACAUACUGGAACAUCUGAUACUUCUGUUCUAUUAUACAUAUGGGAUGUGAAGACUGGUUGCCGUGAGAGGAUUCUUCGUGGUACAGCUGCGCAUUCUAUGUUUGAUCAUUUUUGUGAUAGCAUCAGCAUGAACUCCAUAUCUGGCACAUUGUUGAACGGAAAUACAUCAGUUUCUUCAUUACUUCUCCCAACUGUUGAAGAUGGAAGGUUGUUUAAGCCCUCAUCCAGUAUUUCAGGGAGCUUGGUCACUUCAUCUAGAUCAUCACCAAGCAUUUCAAGUGUGGCUGAGCAGAAUGCUUCUCCAACUCAUGCAGACAAAGCAAAUAAAGAUAAAGCAUAUUCACCUUCUCUCUCCGCCCUCUGGAGUAAGAAGCACCCAAUAAAAUGCUCUAGCCCAUUCCCUGGUAUUGUGGCUUUGAGUUUUGAUCUUGCAUCAUUGAUGUUCUCUCAUCAGAAGCUCCAGUCUUCUGAGCCAGUGAAUAUCAGUUCAAAGCAGCAGGAAAUGCAAAAACGAAAUUCCAACCAUGAAAGUCAAGAAACAUAUGAAGUCCUUACUGAUACUGUAGAGGGGCGUGAGAAGCUAUUUGAAGAAUGCUUACUUCGGUUUAGCUUGUCAUUUUUGCAUUUGUGGGAUGUAGACACUGAGCUUGAUGAUUUACUGAUGAGAGAUAUGAAGCUGAGGAGACCAGAAAAUUUUAAAAUAGCUGCAGGACUCCAGGGGGAUAGAGGGUCUUUGACAUUGACAUUUCCUGGUCUGAGUGCUGUUCUUGAGCUCUGGAAAUUAUCAGCUGAGUUUUGUGCAAUGAGGUCAUUGAUGAUGGUAUCCCUUGCUCAACGUUUGAUUAGCAUGUCUCACUUUGAUUCAGCAGCCAGCAGUUCUUUAGCAGCAUUCUAUACUCGGAAUUUCACAGAAAAAAUUCCAGAUGUGAAGCCACCUUCCUUGCAGCUUCUAGUGGCUUUUUGGCAAGCUGAGAGUGAACAUGUACGUAUGGCUGCACGUUCUUUAUUUCACUGCGCAGCCUCUCAUGCCAUCCCACUACCUCUGUGCAAUUUAAACACGACUGAGCAAACCAAUAUUAACCCUGUGGCUGGAAGCAGAGGUAUGGAUCAGGGUAAGACGGGACUAAAAGGUGAUGAAGAAGUAAUCUCCCAAACUGAGGAAUCCAAUAUACUUGCAUGGCUAGAAUCCUUUGAAGUGCAAGAUUGGAUUUCUUGUGUUGGGGGAACAAGUCAAGAUGCAAUGACAUCUCACAUUAUUGUUGCUGCUGCAUUGGCAAUCUGGUAUCCUAGCCUUGUGAAGCCAAGCGUUGCCACAUUAGUUGUUCAUCCACUGAUGAAGUUGGCUAUGGCCAUGAAUGAAAAGUAUAGCUCCACUGCUGCUGAGCUUCUUGCGGAGGGCAUGGAGAAUACAUGGAAAGAUUGCAUUGGGUCUGAGAUACCUCGUCUAAUUGGGGAUAUCUUUUUCCAAAUAGAAUUGAACGGGUCAUCCACGAAUUUAGUUGCAGAAAUUCCUGCUGCAUCAGUUUCUAUUCAACAGUCUUUGAUUGAAAUUCUUCUUCCAAGUUUAGCCAUGGCUGAUAUAUUUGGUUUUUUGAGUCUGGUUGAAAGUCAAAUUUGGUCUACUGCAUCUGAUUCACCUGUCCACUUAGUAUCCCUGAUGACUCUCAUCAGGGUUAUGCGAGGUUCUCCAAGGAACUUGGCUCAAUAUCUUGACAAGGUUGUCAAUUUCAUUUUACAAACUAUAGAUCCAAGCAACUCAGUCAUGCGGAAAACUUGCUUCCAAAGUUCAAUGACAACUUUAAAGGAGGUUAUACGCAUAUAUCCUAUGGUUGCUAUGAAUGAUACGUGGACCAGAUUGGCAGUUGGGGAUGUGAUUAGAGAGGUUAAUAACCCAAGCAUUAGGGUUUAUGACAUGCAAAGCGUGACAAUGAUAAAAGUUUUGGAUGCAAGUGGGCCUCCUGGCCUCCCAAGUUUGCUUGCAGCAGCAUCAGAAACAAUAUUCACUGCUAUUUCAGCUCUAAGCUUUUCACCUGAUGGAGAGGGGCUGGUUGCCUUUUCUGAACAUGGGCUGAUGAUCAGAUGGUGGUCAUUGGGAUCUGUCUGGUGGGAGAAACUAAGCCGGAACUUUGUUCCUGUCCAGUGCACGAAAGUAAUUUUUGUUCCUCCUUGGGAGGGCUUUUCUCCAAAUUCAUCCAGAUCAAGUAUAAUGGCCAACAUUUUGGGAGCUGACGGACAGUCAAACUUGAAGGAGAAUGCUAGGGAUCCAGGUCAUGGGGACAGUUUAAAACAACUGCUUCAUAAUCUUGACCUCUCUUAUCGACUAGAAUGGGUUGGUGACCGGAAAGUACUUCUUUCAAGGCAUGGCCACGAAUUAGGCACUUUCCAGUUGUAAGCAUCCUGUAAUACUGAUUCCGAGAAAUUCCAGAUGAAAAUUCUCAAAUUGCAACACAAUCUUAUGUUAGCUGAGGCUUUAUCAGCAUGCAACGAGAAUCUUCAGCAUUCUUGAUGCCAAUAGAGGACUGCUUGGAUUUUGGGUAUGAAUGGCAGAUUAUACAGUUCAACAGUGCCUGACUACCCAGAAACAAAUCAGACAGGCUUAGUACGCCACGAAACAAGUUUUUCUGGUUUAACUUCAGUAACGGUCGGCUGUUUUUUGCACGGGACAAAGAAAAGACUAGCGGGCGAAAGAGUACAGUUUUAUAUUGCCAAGCUGAAAAGGCGUGCGGUUUUAUGAGUGAACUUUAGAUCAGAUUUAUAUACAUAACUUCUUUCAGGCAAAAAAGAAAAUCAUAUUUAUAUUUUUAGUUUUUCGAUAAAUGUAGGAUUAAUUUGUUUUAAAUUUGAGAAAAUUACUGUUGAGGCUAUAUUUGACACCAUAUUUUAAUUUGGUGUCGGACGAAGCUGGCAUUAUUUUGAUGUUUGCUUAAAGCUUAUAUCUAUCACCUGGAAAAAGGAAAAAAGUUUAUCCUCUGGGAAA